GUGGACCCUCCCACCAGCAGAAGAGUGACACGCCAUUCAACAGCAGCCUGGCCCUGUGUCUGCAGGACGCGUUAAGAGCUCAGAAAGAUAACCCCCAUCUGGGAGGCUUAAACCCAGAAAAAAAAAAAAAGAAUCGCAUCAGUGUGAAGCGCAACUUCUAUAAACCGCGUCGACAUGGGGAUCAGGAAAAAGAGCAACAAGAACCCGCCGGUGCUGAGCCAUGAGUUUGUGAUCCAGAACCAUGCAGAUAUUGUUUCCUGUGUUGCUAUGGUUUUCCUGCUCGGGCUGAUGUUUGAGGUCACGUCAAAGUUUGCAGUAUUAUUCAUUACUGUCCAGUACAAUGUGACCAUUUCAACAAAUGAGGGCCCGGAGGAGACGGCGGUCAACCACUUCCACCAUGGCAUCAAGGACCUGGCCACCGUUUUCUUCUACAUGCUGGUGGCCAUCAUCAUGCACGCCAUUAUCCAGGAGUACGUGCUGGACAAACUCAACCGCAAAAAGCACUUCUCCAAAACCAAGCACAGCAAGUUCAAUGAGUCAGGCCAGCUCAGCGCCUUCUACUUGUUCUCUUUCGCUUGGGGCACCAACAUCCUUCUAUCUGAAAACUUCCUGUCCAAUCCCGUUGCCCUGUGGGAGGGUUAUCCUCAUACGCUGAUGCCAUUUCAGAUGAAAUUCUUCUACAUUUGCCAGAUGGGCUACUGGUUACACGCUCUUCCAGAGCUGUAUUUCCAAAAGGCAAAGAAAGAGGAUAUUCCUCGCCAGCUUGUGUACAUCUUCCUGUACCUCGUUCAUAUCGCUGGCGCCUACAUUCUUAAUUUGAACCGUCUGGGUCUGGUCCUGCUGGUUUUGCACUAUUUUGUGGAGCUUCUGUUCCACGUCUCGCGUCUCGUCUACUUCAGCAACGAGAACAGGCAGAUGGGUUUCACCAUCUGGGCUGUCUUGUUUGUGAUUGGACGACUGCUCACCCUGUCCCUGUCCGUCCUAACCGUGGGCUUCGGCCUCUCCACUGCUGAAAACCAAGGAUUCGAUUUGGCUGCGGGGAACUUUAACGUUUUCUUUGUCCGGAUGACCGUCCUGUCAGCCAUCUGCUUUACUCAGGCCUUCAUGAUGUGGAAGUUUAUCAACUUCCAGCUGCGUCGAUGGAGAGAGCAUGCCGAGGCCAAGAAUUUGAAAAAGCCUCCUGCUAAGGCUGCUGCUAAGAGCAAGUCGAAGAAAGAUAAAGCCAACGGCGUAAACGGAGUGAGCUCACACGGCGCGGAUUCACCGAGAUUGAGAAAAGAGAAAUCAUCUUAAAGACGUAUUGAGGAGGAGAGGAAAAGAAGAGAAAAAAAACAUUCCCGUCAGCCUGCCUAAUCCCCUGUAUCUCAAAAGAACCAUCUAUCCCAGGAUCCUCCCAGCUAGCAGUCCAGUGGGUCGGUCUAAGGGGUCCCUGAUCUAAGGGGAUGUGUUUUCACCCCCCCACACAGGACCAACCUGCCAGCUGGAUUUCCUUGGUUCAGAUUUGCUUUGGUUGCCGAUUGCUCAGAAAACCUUAAGCUCUUCCUUCUGUGGUAUUAUUGAAAAACCGACAAAUAAACUGAGGGGAAAAGACCUUAUUUAAGAAGUGCCUACUGGUGUGGAUUGUUUUUUUUUUUUUUUCGUUAUUAUUUUUUGUACAGUGUAAUUUUAUCAAAUCAGGAACGAUCACUUUAUUUUUCCCCCCCACUUCAGGUCAUUUAGUACUUUGUUAAAAUGCUGUGUUCCAUUUUACCUCACCUUCCUGUCUAUCAUAGAUGACGCCUGUAAAUAGAAAAGAAACUAUCACAUAGGCUUUGGAUGGAAAAGGAGUGUAUAGACCUAGGCAAAGGAAAUGAGUCCAUGUAUGGUCCAGCAUUGUGCAGAACUGCCAGCAAAAAAAAAAGAAAUAAAAUUGUAAACUAAUGUAGCAUUCAGUAUGGAAGAGCUUUGCAAUGA